AUGUGGUACGCUACGAGCAUGAUGAAUCGUGUUAUUUUGGCGUCGUUCCUCUUAGCCGGUUUGGCGAGGUGUUACGAUUACAAUGAAGUAUUGCGGUUGUCACUCAUGUUCUACGAAGCACAGAGGUCGGGUCACCUGCCCGUCAACAACCGCAUCCCGUGGCGAGCUGACUCUGCGACCACAGACAAAGGGCAAAAUGGCGAAGACCUAUCCGGAGGAUAUUAUGACGCUGGCGAUUUUGUAAAAUUUGGCUUCACGAUGGCAAGCACUACGACCAUUUUGGCAUGGGGAUACUUGAGUUAUAAAGACGCGUACGAGGAAGUUAACGAAUGGGAAAACGCAUUGGGCUCGAUACGCUGGGCCGCGGAGUACUUUAUCAAGUGUCACGUGAGCGACUACGAGUUUUACGGACAGGUGGGUGACUUCAGUCUGGACCAAGGUUUCUGGGGUCGGCCCGAGGACAUGAACAUGUCUAGGCCGUCGUACAAAAUCGACAAAAAUCGACCAGGUUCCGAUUUGGCCGGUGAGACGUCCGCCGCUCUCUCCGCCGUGUCGAUAGUGUUCACCAAAAUCGAUUCCAAUUUUUCGGCCAGUUGCUUGAGUCACGCCAAGCAACUGUACAUGUUCGCCACCCAGUACAGAGGGUUGUACCACGAUGCCAUCAAAGGAGCGGCGCAAUAUUACGAAUCGACAGAUUACGGUGACGAAUUGACGUGGGCCGCGGCUUGGCUGUACAAAGCCACAAAGGAGUCACAGUAUUUGGACGACGCCGAGUACAUGUACAUGAAGUACAGACUUAAAGAACGGCCAAACGAAUUUUACUACAACAAAAAAGUCGCCGGCGUACAGGCCCUUCUUGCCGAACUAACUAAUCAAUCUGAGUAUACCGAAGCAAUUCAAAAUUUCUGCGACUACAAUUUGUACGUUCAAAAGAAAACACCAAAAGGAUUGUUGUACAUCGAAAAAUCCGGUACACUGUGUCACGCAGCGAACAUUGUGUUCUUGUGCUUGCAGGCUGCUGAUAUUGGUAUAAUGUCAACGCAAUACCGAACAUUUGCCAAAGAUCAGAUAGAUUACAUACUGGGAGACGGAGGACAGAGCUACGUAGUAGGAUUCGGUAAAAACUACCCAUUACAACCACAUCACGCUGCGAGCUCCUGUCUGGACCGCCCGGCUCCUUGCGACUGGGAAGCGUACCGGAGCCCCAAGCCCAAUCCACAGGUGCUGUACGGCGCGCUGGUCAGCGGACCCGACGAGAACGACAACUAUAAGGACCUGCGGGAGGAGUACAUCUACAACGAGGUGACUUUGGACUACAACGCCGGCUUCCAGUCGGCCGUCGCCGGGCUCAAGCACCUGGAACUCCGGGCCAGCCGGCAAAAGGCCAUGAUGGACGCCAACGGUCUGCAGCUGUCGUCCAACGCGACGGACGCGUAA